AUGUCGCCUUUCAGGGCCCUGCUGAAGAAGCCAGCAGGCAAGAGCGUCUACUGGGACGAGUGCCUCCUCAAGACAUUCACGCAAGUAAAGGAGGUCAUCUGUCAGCUAGCCAAGCAGGGGCUGGCAUAUUACGACAAGACCCGGCCCACAAUCGCCAUCACGGACUGGUGCAAGGAUGGCAUCGGGUUCGUGGUGAUGCAACAAUACUGCUCCUGCUCACCAGCCAAUGCCCCCCUCUGCUGCAAGGGAGGGUGGCGCCUGGCGUUAUGUGGCAGUCGGCACCUCACCCAGGCCGAGGCAGGAUACGCGCCAGUGGAGGGAGAGGCCUUGGCGGUGGCAUGGUGCCUGCGUAAGGCCCGGCUUUUCCUCCUGGGGUGCCCCAACCUCGUCAUCGCUACGGACCACCGUCCCCUGGUUAAGUUAUUUGGUGACAAGGCCCUAAAGGACAUCGCCAACCCCCGGCUCUUCAGGCUAAAAGAACGGACCCUGCAGUAUAAAAUCACCAUGCGCUUCCUGCCAGGGAAGCACAACGCAGCAGCCGGCUUCCUAUCCAGGUAUCCCGCAGCCAAGGCUGCCCCGGACGAGGUGGAUGAGGAUCAAGACGUCGCUAUCACCGCAGCUAUGUCCGCAGCUGCGGUAGCCGCCCUUGACUUGAGUGGGUGCACCACCAUCGAUGAAGAAAUGGUGUUGCAAGUGGCGCUUGAGGACCCCACAUACCAGUCGCUGGUUUCAAGAGUGUGCAGCGGCGACUGGCGGCCCCACAAGUCACAGGAGCUCGCCUGCUUACGCCCCUUUUACAGCGUACGGGACAGACUGGCAGUGUCCCGGGGCCUAGUCACCUAUACCUACGACCAGGGAUGUGUGCGACUCAUCAUCCCUGAGGCUCUACGUGAACGAGUAGCCUCCAGUCUUCACGCCAGCCAUCAGGGGCUCGACUCCAUGCUGAGGAGGGCCAGACUCACUGGGUGGCUGGAGGUGGCACAUCUACCCUCGGGUGCCCCUUCCGGUAAAAUCAUGAAGCACCUGAGGCACUUCUUCACCAGAUGGGGGCCCCCAGAGCAGCUCUCUACUGAUGGAGGUACAAACCUUGUGAGUGGAGAAAUGACUGCGUUCCUCAAGAGGUGGGGAGUCGCGACCCGUCUCUCCUCCACUCAGUACCCCCAAUCUAACGGCCGCGCGGAGGCGGCCGUGAAGACAGCCAAGAGGAUGUUGCGAGACAACACGGGGACCAGCGGCAGCCUAGACAACGACAAGGUGUCGCUGGCUCUCCUCCAAUACCUAAAUACCCCGCUGCGGGGAGGGAACAUGUCACCCGCACAGUUGACGACAGGCAGACAGCUGAGAGAUGGGGUCCCCACAGCCAAGCAGAACUACAAAGUCAACCUCGAGUGGCAGCAGACCCUAGAAGAGAGAGAGACUCAGAUGGCACAGCGUCACGAGGAAAUACGCCAACAGAGCCCGGGCCAGCGCAGUCGACGACGUCGUCUGCAGCCGGGAGCCCGUGUAUGGGUUCAGGACCAGACCAGCAAGGCAUGGAGUAAGUCUAGUACCGUCGUCGAGGUCCAUCCUUACCGCCAGUACGCUGUAAGAAUGGACGGGAGUGGUCGGAUAUCUAUACGCACUCGCGGCCACUUGAAAGAGGCCGCGCCACAGCCAGAGCCGCCCCUCUCACCGCGAGAGCCGCAACCACUCAAGCCAGAAGCACUUCCACCUCCACCGCCUCGACAGCCGAGGCGCAGGCGUCAACCGAGGCGGCUGGAGGACUACGUGACACAAUAA